ACACAACAACGGCUUUUUUGGUUUUCCAUUUCUACAUCAGCAAGCAUGAAUCGCUCCGCAAAUGUGUUGAUCUUGAUAUCUUUCUUCUUUUUAUCAUUCACCUCAAACUUAAAUCUCGUUGAUGCUGCUCCUGAACAAUUGAAUCAAAAAAAUUUUGAUGAAAAGGUUAUGAAAAGCAAAGAUGUUUGGUUUAUCAUGUUCGGCCUACCAACGUGUGGAACACAGAAAGCGUUUCUUCCUGAAUGGGAGGCGUUUUCAAAGUUAGUGGAUGGAAAGAUCAAGCUUGGUGAAGUGAACGUUGCAGAGAAUUAUGAUUUAUACGUACAAUAUAAGAUAAAAAGUUACCCGACUAUUAUAACAUUUGCUGCUGAUAAAUCAAAGGGAGCUUUCGAAUACACAGGAACAAGAACAGCACCUAAAAUGGAAGAAGCUGCACUUCUUAAGUUAGAAGGCAAAGGAUAUUAAUCUCUAAACAAGAGUUUUGAGUGAAGAUCGUGUUGGAAUAAGAUUUAUUUUUUUUGUUUACUUGUUAUCGUUGUGAAAUAAUGACACCUUUGUAAUGGUGGUAAAUUUGGUGUAAAUAACCUAAUAAAGGACAAUUUGUAUUUUGUUAAUCGUAUGUUAUUAUUUACAUUUUAAAUCCUUUCA